CAGGGGACUUUUGUGAGAUGGCAGAUUGGGAGCUACAACCCGGACAAGCACAGCCAGUGCGUGGGGUUUGUCUGCCCACGUUACUUUCUUUGAAUCAAGAAAUUUCUGCAUAAUAUCAACCGAUGCGUAAGACAUUUAUGCAUAGUAGCAUCAAUUAUCUGGGGCCAAGUAGGUCCCCACUCACACUCCAGUUUCUCACUUUAUUUUUUAGUAGACCUCAUUUCUCUGUCCCCCUUCGGAGCCGGCCUGGACACAAAGAAGCGAAGCUCAGGAUGGACGUUCAGGCAGCCGCUGGCCGUCCCCACUGCCCUAGGACAACCUGAAAUCAGGGAGACAAAAAACAGGACGUGGGGCUGGAGUGAUGUGGCCCCGGGACACGCCGCCACCACCACCCCUGUACCCCCCAUUGAGGGAACCGAGGGUCCAGAGAGAGGUCCUCACUGCUGCUUCCCCCUUGCCUUGCCUUCCAGGUCAUUCCUGCACCGGACAGCCCACCAUGGCCUCAGACCACCAGACCCAAGCGGGCAAACCUCAGCCCCUCAACCCCAAGAUCAUCAUCUUUGAGCAGGAAAACUUCCAGGGCCACUCCCAUGAGCUCAAUGGGCCCUGCCCCAACCUGAAGGAGACCGGCGUGGAGAAGGCAGGCUCUGUCCUGGUGCAGGCUGGACCCUGGGUGGGCUAUGAGCAAGCCAACUGCAAAGGGGAACAGUUUGUGUUUGAGAAGGGUGAGUACCCCCGCUGGGACUCGUGGACCAGCAGUCGGAGGACAGACUCCCUCAGCUCCCUGAGGCCCAUCAAAGUGGACAGCCAGGAGCAUAAGAUCAUCCUCUAUGAGAACCCCAACUUCACAGGGAAGAAGAUGGAGGUGAUAGAUGAUGAUGUGCCCAGCUUCCACGCCCACGGCUACCAGGAGAAGGUGUCUUCUGUGCGGGUGCAGAGUGGCACGUGGGUCGGCUACCAGUACCCCGGCUACCGCGGGCUGCAGUACCUGCUGGAGAAGGGUGAUUACAAGGACAGCGGCGACUUUGGGGCCCCCCAGCCCCAGGUGCAGUCCGUGCGCCGCAUCCGUGACAUGCAGUGGCACCAGCGAGGCACCUUCCACCCCUCCAACUAGUGCCCCCCAGUUCCUCCUUCCCAGGGGCCUGGCCAGCUGCCCAGGAUCCCACCAGACAUCCUGGCGAGUGAAUAAAG